GGGUGCCUCCUCCCCGCUGCCCCUCUUUCAUAAGACGUUGCUCUGCUGCACUCUUCCGUCCCUCUCUCCCUCCCUCUCUCCCGUUUCAGGACUUGAGCUCGAUUCUCGGAGGCUGCGAAGAUCGAGCAGCUCGAGCGCACCUAGACGUCCGAAAACAAACUCCGUGACUUUUCAGCCGCGAUCGAGCGAGAGAAGUGUGUGUCCGUUGUGUUUGCGGGGCCCGAGACGACGUGGAGCGCUGCAGUUUUUUCUCUCUCUCUCUCUCUCUCUCUCUCUCUCUCUCUCUCUCUCCCUCUCUCUCGAGCGCGGACGUUAGCGAGGGAAAAUCACAUACACACGACGCGAAAAGAGAUCGCCGCGAACACGAGAAAGUUCCGCCAGUGCGUGCGCGAGGAAUUUUUUCUCCUGAUCGCUCGCUCUACAGAGCCGCGGCUCAUCUCGGACACUCUGCGGGCUUUCGUUCGCGAGAGUGCGUGCGGAGCCGUGUACUUACUAGUGGGUACGUGCCAAGGACUUGGGAGACUUGAAAAAAAUGGUGCGUUGCGGAGGAACCGCUACUGCUGCUGCUGCUGCUGCUGCUGCUGCUGCUGCUGCUGCUGAUGCUCACACUCGCGGAUGAUGCCCACGCCGAAGCAUGCUACCGGCUCGCCUUAAAAAAUGUCUCAUAGGGAUAUCUCUGAGGUGGGUACCGACACCUACGUGUACGUCGAUUUCCUCGUGGAGCCCGAAGGUUCGUCGGCCUUGGCUGCUGGAUCACGGGCACUGUUCCUGGAGACAGUUCGCAGGAGCAAUGCUGCCUGUCAAAAUGGAGACUAUGCUCUAGCUGCCACACUAUACACAGAAGCUCUAGCCCUGGAUCCUCUGAGCCAUGUCCUGUAUUCCAAUAGAUCUGCUGCUCGUCUUAAGAUGGGCAUGUUUGCCUUGGCGUUGCAAGAUGCUGUCAGGGCUACAGAACUCAGUCCACAAUGGCCAAAAGCUUAUUACCGUCAAGGCGUUGCCCUGCAAUGCCUGGGGCGCUAUGGCGAAGCUCUGGUGGCCUUCAGCAUCGGUUUGGCGCGUGACCCCAACAACUGCCAGCUGCUCUCGGGUCUCGUUGAGGCUUCCCUCAAGUCACCGCUACGCAUCACUCUCGAGCCAACCUUCCAGCAGCUCCGAGCGAUGAAGCUCGACGAGUCGCCCUUCGUUGUCAUAUCAGUUGUGGGACAGGAACUUCUCGGAGCUGGUCAGUACAGGGCCGCAGCGGGAGUACUGGAGGCCGCUCUGACCAUCGGCUCCUGCAGUCUUAAGCUCAGGGGUAGCGUCUUUUCAGCUUUGUCGAGCGCUUACUGGGCGCUGAACUCGCUGGAUAAAGCUAUAAGUUAUAUGCAGCAGGAUUUAGGGGUAGCGCGUUCGUUGGGCGAUACGCAAGGCGAGUGCCGAGCGCACGGGAACUUGGGUUCGGCUUACUUUAGCAAGGGUAGUUUCAAGGAGGCGCUAACGGCCCACCGAUACCAGCUGGUGCUUGCGAUGAAGUGCAAAGACACACAAGCGGCUGCCUCUGCCCUAACGAGUCUCGGCCAUGUGUAUACCGCAAUUGGCGACCUGCCCAACGCACUUGCGUCGCAUAAACAAUGCGUCCAGUUGGUUAAGCAGAUAGGCGAUAGAUUGCAGGAGGCCAGAGAGAUCGGCAACGUCGGAGCUGUCUACCUGGCCAUGGGCGAGUUCGAAAGCGCGGUCGAUUGCCAUACGCAGCACCUGCGAAUCGCCCGUCGCUUGGGAGACCGAGUCGAAGAGGCAAGAGCUUUUAGUAAUUUAGGAUCCUCGCAUCAUUACCGAAGAAAUUUCGGACAAGCCAUGACAUAUCACGAAAAUGUUCUUAGAAUAGCGCAAGAGUUAGGGGAUAAAGCUAUAGAAACGAGAGCAUACGCUGGAUUGGGACACGCAGCAAGAUGCGCAGGAGAUUUGCAACAGGCCAAGUUGUGGCAUCAGCGCCAGUUGGACGUCGCCCUAACGACCAAGGACAAGGUCGCAGAAGGCCGAGCCUGCAGUAACCUGGGCAUUGUAUACCAACUGUUGGGGGACCACGACGCUGCUCUGAAAUUACAUCAAGCUCACCUCAGCAUUGCUCGUUCUCUCGGAGACCGAGCUGGCAUGGGUAGAGCCUAUGGCAAUAUUGGUAACGCGUACAAUGCUCUCGGUUAUUACGAUCAAGCCAUCAAGUAUCAUAAGCAAGAAUUAACGAUAAGUAAAGAGGUAAACGAUAGAAGUUCUGAAGCUAGUACGCACGGCAAUUUAGCAGUAGCUUAUCAAGCGGUUCAGGGCCACGAGGCUGCUCUGCGUCACUAUAGGGCACAUCUAGCAAUAGCUCGCGAACUUAAGGACGCGGCCGGAGAAGCUUGCGCUCUGCUCAAUCUCGCCAAUUGUCUGUCUUCGCGGGCACGCUUCGAGGAGGCCAUACCGUACUAUGAAAAUUACCUGAUGUUGUCGCAAGAGUUGCACGAUGUGGAAGGUGAGGCGAAGGCCUGUCAUUUCCUUGGCUACGCGCACUACUGUCUCGGUAAUCACAGAGAGGCCGUUCGGUACUACGAUCAGGAUCUAGCGCUGGCCAAAGAUCUACAAGACAAAUCGGGCAUGGGGAGAGCAUACUGUAAUUUAGGCUUGGCACAUCUGGCCCUGAGCAAUCUUGAUACGGCCCUGGAGUGCCAAAAGUAUUAUUUAGCCAUAGCUCACAUGACCAAGCACAUCGCCGGAAAAUUUCGCGCACUGGGCAACAUCGGCGAUUGUUUGCUGCGUCUCGGCGAAAUUGACGAGGCCAUCAAGAUGCACCAACGCCAGUUGAACCUAGCACGACAAGCAGCUGACCGUGGCCUUGAAGCUGCUGCAUACGGUGCUCUAGGAGUGGCGCAUCGUGCCACUCGGAAUUUGGACAAAGCGUUGGGAUUCCAUACGCAGGAGCUGACUCUUAGGCAGGAAGCUGCUGACCUUGGAGGAGAAUGUAGAGCACAUGGAAAUCUUGGUGCAGUGCACAUGGCUCUAGGUCAAUACACACACGCAGUCAAGUGCUACCAAGAGCAGCUUGAAAGAGCGAGGGAGCUUGGAGAUUCCGGCAUUGAAGCUCAGGCUCUAGGAAACUUAGGAAUAGCUAGGUUGAACAUGGCGCACUAUGAGGAUGCGAUAGGCUACUUGGAACAGCAACUCUCAACUCUUGAACCACUUACCAGCAAUACAGCGCUAGCGGAUAAGGCCAGAGCAUUGGGUAAUCUGGGCGACUGUUACGAGGCUCUUGGUGAUCCCGAGGAGGCGAUCAAGUGUCACGAGCAGCAGCUUGUUGCUGCAGUGCGUCUGGGAAGUGUUCGCGAGCAGGAGAGAGCGUAUAGGGGAUUGGGACGGGCAAGAGAAGCGACUGGAAAUUAUCAAGAGGCAUUAGUAUGCUUUGAGAAGAGACUUGUUGCGGCUCAUGAAGUCGACAGUCCUGAAUCCAGGGGUGCUGCAGCCUACGGAGAUCUGGGCAGGAUACAUGCUGCUUUGGGUAAUCAUGAACAGGCAGUAAGUUGUCUCACACACCAACUAGCUCUCGCUCGCGGCCUUGGAGAUAAAGCCGCGGAAGCUGAGGCAGCAAGUGGCCUCGGUGCUGUGCAUCUACUCAUGGACGAUCCGGAUACGGCUCUCCAGCACCAUCAACUCGAGCUCUCCAUUGCUGAGAGUCUCGAUGCUGCAGGUCUGCAAGCUCGAGCUUGUGCUAAUCUUGCUGCUGCGCAAGAGGCACUUGGACAGCUCCAAGAGGCCAUCCGAUUACAGGAACAAUCGCUCAGCUUGGCCGCCGCUGCCGCCGAUCUACCGGCUAGGGCUGCAGCUUUUUCCAAUCUCGGCAGACUGCACCAUCUAUGUGGCGAUUUACCACGAGCACUAAGUUAUCUACAGUCUGGUCUUUCACUCUCUGAGGGUUUGGGGCGUCGGGAGGAGGCAGCUCGUUUGCGCCAUAGGCUAGGUCUCGUGCACUGGGAAGCAGGAGAACCGCAGAUUGCUGUUGAACAACUGGAAAAGGCGGCAGCGCUACUAGAGUCUCUGGACGGCUGUUGCACGAGUUCGUCGUUACCAACGAGUGGACAGCAGCCGAAUAGAGCAGAACUUGUUUCACAAGCGUAUCGCAUGCUCCAAAAGGUUCUCGUCAACUUGGGCAGAAACGAAGAGGCGCUCAAUUGGGCCGAAAGAUCUAGGAGGUCUAGAGAUGGCACGCCUCAAGAUUUAACCGCGCAUUUCUCGGAAAUUGUUGAUAGGCAAAGAGGCAUUGUGUUGUAUUAUAGCGAGGUGGACGACCAAGUUCACAGCUGGUGUUUAGCACCAGGUCGAGGUCUUCUCCGUUUUUACUCGAGCAGCCUGGCGAAUGGUCCAAGCCUAGAGAAGCGCGUGCUGGAGGCGCGCGAGGCUCUGUUGCUUGGUGAAUCGGCGGGAGAUACGGCAAUCCUCGACGAGAACUGCCCUCCCAAGAUCCCAGCUCGAGGACAUCAUCUCAACGCGAGCUCGUAUAGUCUCAGCAGUUUGUUCAGUGUUGGAUCGUUGAGUUCAAGAGCGGGUAGUGCUCGUUGGGCCCAACAGAGAGGCGGACCUGUCUGGCAGGCACCGCCAGCUUUGCAAGGACUAUACGAGCUUUUGCUGGCACCUUUUGAAGAUCUACUGCCGAUGCCUAGGAAGGAGCUAAUUUUGGUGGUAGAAGAGUCGCUGUACCUGGCACCGCUACCAGCACUGCAAGCUGGACCCGGUGAAGAUUAUCUCUGCGAGAGGUUUUCGCUUCUUGUAGUACCGUCGCUUAGCGCGUUAAAGCGUCGGUCGAAGACACCAAUGCCCGAGGGUAAUGCAACAGUGGCUGCUCUCGUUGCGGGUAACCCCUCAGUUCCUGAAAAGGUUCGCGAGGAACAUGGUUGGACCGAGAACGUUUCAUCAGCCGAAACUGAGGCUAAUAUCGUCGCUGAGCUGCUCGAGACAAGGCCUUUACUUGGCGCAGAGGCAACUCGUUCAGCGGUUCUACGAAGCCUGCCGGAUGCCGAGUGUGUGCAUCUGACGGUACCAGUUUUUUGGUCUGGCAAUCCCAGUCUGGCUCUCACGGCUGAGCAGUGUGAAGAGCCAACUGACAAGCCCGAGUACUUAUUGGACUGCUGUGCCGAUCUCAUGCGAUUGACUGCGCGUCUCGUGGUUGUGUCGAGCAGCCACUGGAGUAGUGAUACCGCUAGUAGCGUCAGCGUCCAGGGUGUGCAGCGUCUGGCUCGUUCACUCCUCAGCUCGGGAGCCCAAUGCGUUCUUAUUGGCAUGUGGCCGGUACCACCAACGGCUGGAAGUAUAUUGCUUAGAGCGUUUUACAGCGCGAUGUUGCAAGGUCAAAGGGCCUCCAGAGCGCUAGCCGAGGCAAUGCAGACUGUGCAGCACACUAGACACUUUGCGCACCCAGCGAACUGGGCUGGGUGGUUGUUGUUGGGAGGUGAUACAAGAUUAUCUAAUAAGGUGGCAUUAAUGGGUCAGGCACUAGCAGAAUUAUUACGUAGCGGACCAGAGCAUAGCAGAGAUGCUCUUCGUGUUACAUUGCACCUCGUGGAAAAGUCGCUGCAGCGCAUUCACUGUGGUCAGAAAAAUGCUAUGUACACUACACAAAAGAGUAUUGAGAACAAAGUAGGUUCAGCGACGGGUUGGCGCGAGCUACUCAUGUCCGUCGGAUUUAGAUUUGAGCCUGCGGGUAACGGCAUUCGACCAUCAGUAUUCUUUCCUCAGAGUGACCCAGAAGAGCGGCUCACCAGGUGUAGCGCUAGCUUGCAAGCUUUACUUGGCUUGGGCCACGCAUCUCUGCAUGCACUUGUGCGCCUUUUGCAGGCUCCCGAAGCAGCGGAAGAUGUAAUUGCAGCUAUGCGAAGGGCAAGUUGUGCUUCAGAGGGACAGGAGGUCAAACUUCCUGUGCGAGUGUGGCGUGCCGCAGGAUCACACGAACUCUUUGCUAGUUUGGGCUUCGACCUUAUGGAGGUUGGUCAACUCGAAGUCAGUUUGAGAACCGGCAAGCAAGUGUCGAGGCGAGCAGUGCAGUUCGCCCUUCAAGCGUUACUCGCGCUGUUUGAUACGCAAGAAGCACCCAAAAGUCUCAGCUUAGACUCGGGUAGUUCUAUGGAAAACUUAGCUCCGAUACCACAAACCGAAAGAGGACUUUCUGAGCGACCGAGAUUGGGUGGCGCAUUUGCAAGUUAUGUUAAACAUCGUGGAGAACCCGAUGGCAAAACGAUGGAAACGCCAAGCUUAUCUCUUCCACGUUUGGAUUGUCAAAAUGCUCAAGACGAAUUGAGUGAGAGUUUUACACUGAACCCGCCAGCUGCAGCUUUAAGUUUAAAUCACCAGACACGAAUCCGCAAUCUCUACCCUGAUCAGUGUAGCGUCCCAAGACCAGGCUCAAGCUCAAGUGGCUCGGUGACCGAUUGGGAGAGUAGUGGACACAGUACUAUCUUACGUCGUCAACCCUUACCCGCACUUCCGGCAACUGUUCUGGAACGACUUAGUGUGCGUACAGAGCUCGGUACAGGUCCAACGACUAUGAACACUCCAAGAAAAACGCCUCAAACACUGAUGUCUAACGGUAGCAAGAGCAAUGAACCCAUAAGCGAGCAGGAAACUGCUCAAACCUCGGAGGCAUCACACCAUCAUCCCCAUUCCCACAGUAACAUUCGUAACCUGGCCACUUCUCUUACAAGUUUGACUCGUGAGUUGACCCCUACGAUUUCCGAAGUCUAUCAUGAACGCAACCUAGGCCUGGGAUUAGCACCCUCGUUGUCGAAGCUACUGGAGGAAGUGGGUGGCUGUCCCGUAUCUGAGAACGAGGAGCAAACGCAUGAACUCAUUGGCAGAAACAACAUAGUCGUGGGACACAGUCAAACGACCAGCUGGCUGCAAAAUGAGACGGAACUCUGCCGAAGAGAUGAGGCUGAUGGUAGGUCCAUUGCCGAAUCCCAAUGCAGCGCUACAAGUUCCAAUAAGAUUCGUAGAAAAGCACCACCACCGCCACUGUAGUUUGAUUUCAUCAAGAAAUUCUCAGACUAGCAACCGGGGUGGGUGAUAGUAGUACUUAUUUAAAGAUGAAGUAAAAUAUUUUAAAACAAAUUUAUUCAAAGAAACAUCAGUACUUAGUUCCUAUUCAUGGAUCAAUAGGUCAUACUGAUAUAACUUUUUUAUAAUUACGUAUUUAUGCGAUUAACUGGUUUAGCCCUUAUUAUUAUAUGUAUGAAAUGUUUUGGGAAUGUUUUCAUAAAUUAUGGAUGAUGGCUGGAAAUCGUGUGAUAUUGUUUUAAGUAUAUGAUUUUGAUGAUAAAAAAAUAUUGAUAAUCGAUUUAAAUGUUACAAAAUCAACGUAUUGAAUUAUUCCCACAAUAUUUCAAUGGCACUUGGUGCUAAAAGGCUAACAAAUCUUUUAAUGCAAAGUAUUUUUCCAUAAAGCUGUACUAAAACAUUAUUUUUCUCAAACAAAAAAAGAAUGCUCAAGACUUCCUUCGAUGAUUAUUAAAUAACAUCAUACUUUACGAACUCCUUCGUCAGGUUAUGGUAUGGGAAUGGUUAUAGAAAUGGAAAAAAACAUUUCAUUUAAAAUGUCCCAAUAUUUGAGAUAAUUAAAAUGCAUAUAAUUAAAGUAAACCUCAUUCAGUAGUGAACAAAAUAAUAAAAGAGCAGUUUAUAUGAUUGAAUAACAGUGCCGUCCACAUUUUUAGAAGAAAAUGUACUAUAUAGAUUUCUAAUACUAAACAUGUAAAAUAUCCCUUUAUAAAGAUUUAGAAAAUAAAUGGUUCAUUUCGAAUUA